CUAUUUAAGAGCUGCUGCAUUUAGGAAAAAUAAGAGAGUCAUUUGGAGCUAUCCAGUCCAGUAUCUUCUGAGAGAUCUUUCAGCAUGAGGACCCUCCUGGCACUGGCAGUGAUUAUGGUCUUUGGCCUAAUGUGGGUUCAGGGGGAUCUUUUAAACUUCAAUUCCAUGAUCUCAUUGGUGACAAAAAAGAAUGGUGCAACCAAUUAUGGCGCCUAUGGUUGCCACUGUGGCCUGGGUGGCAAAGGAACCCCCAAGGAUGCAACGGAUCGAUGCUGUGCCAGCCACGACUGUUGCUACAAGCGUCUGAAGAAACAUGGAUGUGGCACAAAAUUUCUGAGCUACAAGUUUAAAUACCAAGCAGGCAAAGUCAUCUGUGAAGCAAACCAGGGCUACUGUAGGAGUCAGCUGUGUCAGUGUGAUAAAACUGCUGCCUACUGUUUUGCUCAAAACCUGAAAACCUACAAUAGGAAGUACCAGUUCUAUCCCAAUGUGCUGUGCAGUGGGAAUAAGCCCAGUUGCUGAGGCUCCUCUUGGCCGAAGCCUGGCCAGCCAGUGCUGGUCCUCCAACACCCUCUCUCCCAGCCCCCACCAAGUUCCCUGCAAUCCAGAAAACAGUCCCAGUCCAUCCCAGAGGCAAGCUAGGAGCCCUUCUCUCCUGACCCAGAAAAGAAGACCAAACCCCGGGGCACCUCUGCCUGGCCUCUUCCCCUGACUACCUGCACAGCUGAGUCCCCACUCCUGCCCUUCCCUACCACCUCCGGCCCCCUGCUUAGCUCCCAGCUGCACACUUCUGAGAGUCUUUUCUGAAUAAACCAA